UAUAAAGAUUUUUAAUGUUUAAUCGCUAUGUUUACCAUUCAGUUGAAACGUAAAUGAGUAACCAACGUGCAUUAUUAUGUACACAGCAUUAACCAAGGAAACAUUAUCCUUUACCUGUGAUCAUUGCUGUAUUGUCAAAUGUGUAAUAGGAUAUGGACUCCAUCAUUGCGGCGGAUACGAAACAGCAACGCUAUUUUAAACUCAUUAGGUACGCGUUGGCAGCGGCAUGCUUACUUAUAACGCUCGGAUUUGUUAUCGGUAUUCUCUAUGCCGUAAUAGAUUACUACGUUACUCCGAAUUCUGUCCGGCAAGUGGAAAGCACUACUAUGAUAGAUGUAGCGACCACGCAGGUGCUGCCGACUGAAGGAUUCACCACCGAUGUGCCCUUCACGAACGCUACAACACCAGCGGCCACAACAAGUAUAGACAUGGAGAGCAUCUAUCUCAUCACGGGUGGAGGAAUGUUCGACUAUUUUAAAGAUAAAAACAACGAUGGGUUAAACAUCAAAUUUUCGCAUGCAACUAAUGGAUACACUGAAGUAGAUGAAGCCUUUGCAGCCAACAAAAAUGCGUUGGAAGCUGACAUUACUCUACAAAUUGACGAGAACCAUCAACAAACUGAAAUCCCUAUCAUGGCCCACCCACCAGCAGUGAGAAGCGACUACACAUUAGAUGAGUGGCUUGAUGUUACAAUUGCUUCUGACAAAGCCAUAAAAUUGGAUAUCAAGAUAACAGAAGUUAUUCCUUAUGCACUGGAAAUUUUGAGGCUACAUGGGCCAACGCUGCACCAACCAGUGUGGAUUAAUGCCGAUGUGGUAAAGGGUCCCAACACAAACUCUGAUCCAAUUGAUUCAAACAUUUUUCUUCCAGAAGUAAAUUCAAAGUUCCCUAAUGUCACUCUUUCUCUUGGCUGGACUACUGGAUACAGAAAUGUUGGACCUCCGAAUGAAAAAUAUUCUUGGGAUGCAAUGGAAAAAAUGUUAAGUUUGUCACGCCCCCUUAACCAACUUAUAACAUAUCCUGCAAGAGCAGCUCUGCUGCGUCAGUCAUGGGAUCGCUUCCUUUGGCUACUGGAGCAAUCAAACAGCUACACGCUGACAAUAUGGUCAAGCACUACAGAUGUUGUAUCUGUGGAAGACAUGGUGUUUGUUCGAGAUAAUUUUGACAUUUCUAGAAUAUUCUAUGAUGCCGAAGAUGCCUUGACAGAUCCUUUAAUUGAAGCAAUAAAUGCAAAUAUUUAUCCAAAAAAUUUUUACACUGGUGGAAAUGUGUUGGACUGUUUUAAGAUUCCUAACAGAGAAGCUUUAAAAGUAACCUGGGAGCAUAGAGCUAAUACAAUUGACAUACUACAACCUGCUCUAAAUGAUAGUAACCUGAUGAUGUUGGAGGCAGAUGUUCGAUUAUAUGGAGAAGGAACAUCACAAAUUAAUGAAUCUCUGCCAGUAAUGUCACAUGACCCUCCCGCGCUUAACUAUGACUACACACUUGAAGCUUGGCUACAAGAGAUUUUGAGCAGAAACGUUUCCAAAGGCUUAAAGCUGGAUUUUAAAAGUCUUGGAGCCCUGAAAGCUUCUCUAGAUGUCUUAGGCAAAAUGAAAAGUGAAUUGACUGUACCAAUCUGGCUCAACUCAGAUAUACUAAUGGGGCCCAAUAGUAUUACAAGACCUGUCAAUGCCACUGAAUUUUUCCGACUCACUCAGAGUGUGUUUCCAGAAUCUACGCUCUCACCAGGAUGGACAACUACGUAUAGGCAAAUAGGAGAGAAUGAGAUAUAUACUAGAGCUAUGGUGGAAGAAAUGUACUCACAUUGUUCAUCUGUGCGAUCUCCUAUCACUUUCCCAGUACGAGCUUCACUGACAAGACCUUCAAUACCAAAUUUACAGUGGCUCCUAGCCAAAUCAAACAGGUAUUCCUUAACUGUGUGGCAUAGCACUUCAGAAAAAGUGACAACAGAAGAGUUAUUAGAAAUAUACAACAGCUUUGGUACUGACAAAGUAUAUUUUGAUCUUCCAGAGGAAAUUUUGGACGAGUUAAUUAAAGCAAUUGAAAAUCAGAAAAACUUAUAUUCAUGAUUAAUACAUUUUAUAUGUUGUUGAAUUAAUUCUAUUUUUUUAAAUCAUUUAUACCCUUUUACGCGUGCUUAAUGCCAAAUUCAUUCCAUCUUUGUGUCUGUAAUAAAUGGCACGUCCGUAAGCGUU